GGAAAAUUCGGUUGCAUUUUACACCCUUCAGUGCAAUACUGUCAAUCUGCCCCACGACAAAGUCCAUUUGCUCAAUAUCAGCAGAUACGACUGACUUCCCGCGAACGGAGGACGUAUGUUCUUCUGUUUAACCAGCCGUUCCCUUCUUGAUCACCGCGAGAUAUGCGACAGUAACUUGGUCACACCAGUCCUCAUUCACCGGCGGCAUGUCCGCCUCACUUCCCUCCACUCUGUCCUCCCUCCUCAAAAAAGCGAGCCUCGAAGACCACGAACAGAUUCUCUCGGAAUGCAAUAAAGCGCUGAAGUCCUCAAAGGGCUCCGACUCAGAAACCCAACAUGUCAAAUUUGUCGCCCUCCUUAAACUCGAUCGUUAUGAGGAUGCCGUGAAACUCAUUGAAGAAACUGCUGGGUUGAAGAAGCAGGUUGAGCUGGAAUAUGCCUAUGCAUUGUACAAGACUGGCCGCUUAAAAGAGGCCGCAGAGUUGGCGGCUACGAUAAAGGGGAGAGGGGCACAGCACAUCGAGGCACAAGCCCGAUAUCGUCUUGAAGACACGAGCAUUCCGUCGGAACUAUACAAGCAGCUACGAAGUCACCAAGUCGAUUCGGAGCAAUAUGAUCUAAAGGUGAAUCAGGGCGCUAUCGAUGCACAGGCGCAAUGGCUUGGUCUUGUUGACCCUCAGUCAAUACGAAAAGUCGGGAGAGAAGAUCUUGAGGCCUUUGAAACCGCGUAUAACGCCGCUUGUGGCAGCAUUGCGAGAGGAGAAUAUGCUCAAGCCGAAGUUCUCCUCAAGCGGGCAAAGGAACUCUGCAAGCACUCGGACGAUCUGACAGACCAGCAAAAAGCCGACGAGCUCCUCCCUAUUUCCGUUCAGCAAUUGUUUGUGCUAUCAUCUUUGGGCAAAAAAGCAGAAGCAGAGAAGCUAGCCGGUGAAAUCAACGCGGCGGACGCCUCUGACCUUUCGACCCGUAAGAUCGGUCAGAACAAUGUUCUAUUAACCUCAUCUGUUCUCAACCCGUUUCUCGCUCACAAGGCUUUCCACGCAACUCCCAGAAUUCCCCCGAAUGACAAACUUUUCUCGUACCAAAGCCUCCCUCUGGAAUCCAACAGAAUCACCAUCGAUCUGCAGACUUUCAAAUUUGAUGGCGCUGUGUCGUACACGUCGAAAACGAUCAAAGAAGGCUCUCCACCCUCGCUCUCGCCGGAUGUCUUGCUUGCAUCCUUUUUCAACGCGGCUGCUUAUGCCAAGAACGAAACAGGCAAAGCUGCCAUCAGAAAGAUAUUGCCGGUGCUUGAGAAACGGCCAAAAGACGUUGGGCUAAUAAUCACCCUGGUUCAACUGUACGUGAUGACUGGAGACACUACAUCCGCAGUCGAAUUGGUCGAGUCGUUGCUCAAGGGACUGGAGAACUCUGUCGUCGAGGGCGAGCAAGACAUCAGAUUCAACCCGAUGCUUGUGAGUCUUAUGAUCAGUUUGUAUAGGAAACGUGGUCAGAAAGACGAUGUCAAGCAGGAACUUGCCAGAGCUGCAUCGUAUUGGCGGACCAAAUCGAAUGCACCAACGAGUCUGCUCACCGCUGCAGGGGUAUCGUUAUUGGAGUCCCAGAGCGAAGAGGAUGCGAAAAUAGCAGCCGACAUCUUCACAAAGCUUCGCGAGCAACAACCAAACGACAAGGCUACAAUUGCCGGUUACGUGGCGUCACAUGCCUGGGAUGACGAGGCUGUGGUUGGGGCGGAUGCCGAUAAGCUGACUGCCACGUCUGAGCUCAUUCGCAAUAUUGACAUCGACCUGUUAGAGAACACAGGCAUUCCACAGUCGUCGAAUGCUCUCACAAUAGCACAACUGGGCCGGACAAGAAAACGGGGCGCUCCGGAGGGUGGCAAUCUCAAACCUAAACGGAUUCGCAAAUCGAGAUUGCCGAAGGACUAUGAUGAAAGCAAGAAGCCGGAUCCCGAGCGGUGGCUUCCCAUGAGAGAUAGAAGCUACUAUCGACCUCCAAAGGGAAAAAAGAAAGGCAAGCGAGGUGGCGGUGGUGGUGACGACCGAACGCAGGGUGGUGCAGUGGAUGAAUCCUUGAAUGUCGAUGCGAAGCCUAGCGCCGCCGCAGUGGUCACAGCCUCCACGGGGAGUUCGAACAAGAAGAAGAAGGGGAAGGGGAAGAAGUAAAGGACCCAUGGACUCUCAAUGUGCAUACACAGUAGUUGUCCACAGCAGUGCAGUGAACAAGAAUACAUUUUCUCGCCGUCCAUCUCGAGGAGCUUGGUG